CUAUAAGAUAAAUAAUUUUACAGUUUAUUCUUUGAUAUAAUUUCUCUGUUAUCAUACAUUGAUUGCCGACACAAAUGAAAUCCAUUUAUAUGAUUGCACUGUUGGUGUCGACCAUUAUAUUUGUUGUCAUCAUUGAGUCGAAGGAUUUCUGUGAAGAAUAUCGAAAAAACGACAAUAAAAUAGAUGUAUCAAUGAGUUUGUAUAAAGAGUAUGGAUAUCCUGAAGAUAUGAUAUUAUUGUUUAUCGGUAACACCUACUGGAAAGUGUCAGUUAAUGCUAACAACACUGUUAUGAUUGACACCCAGAGUGCCGGUCAGUCUAACUUAUUAUCCGCUGACAAGAACUCUAUGAUCUGGUCUUUCAAGUUUGAUGUCACCGAUAAUGUCUACGAUGAACAACAAAUAGAUGAUAAUGAACUGCCAUUUUGUCGUAUGGGUUCUCUAGAGAAAGAUAAGCAAACAAUUGAUUGGAAAGAGCAAACAUCGUUGUAAACCGGAAAUUAUUAAGACACUGAUUGACUGUUCCCCGCAAACCAACCAAUCGAUGAUUACUAUUAUAGUGAUGUCUA